AUGGGUCGCAGAAAAUCGAAAAGACAAGCACCGACAAGGAAGAAGGCCAUCGAACCGCUCGAUCAGGAGUUCAACUGUCCGUUCUGCAAUCACGAGCAGUCUUGUGAAGUGAAAAUGGACAAGGGAAGAAAUACGGCGAGAAUAUCGUGCAGAGUUUGCAUGGAGGAUUACCAAACGACUAUAAACGUGCUCUCCGAUCCUAUCGACGUUUAUAAUGAUUGGAUAGAUGCUUGCGAAACGGCUAAUUGA